AUGAGUUGGUUUUGGGGAAGCGAGGAUCAAAUCGAAGACACGAAAAUGCACAUUGAAGCGCUGACGAAGAGGAAUAUGCAACUCGAGGAACAACUCAAAGAACUUUCCGAAGCUAAUCGGAAGCAAAGCGAAGCUCACGCUCAAAGCCUUGCAGUACUACCUCUUCGAAUGAACCAAACAAUGAAAGCAAAAGACGAGAAAAUAACCGAAUUGCAAGCAGAAGUGGAUAGGUUAAAGUUAGAGGCUAGCGAACGCGAAAUGCUCAUGGAACAUUUACAGAAUAAAUGUAAGAUAUUAGAUGAGGUUGCACGUCAUAGGGACGCUUUGGAAAGUGUCCUCGCUUGCUUGGAUAUUAUUCAAGAGCCCGAUUACGAUGCGGACGGAGAGAAUGAACGAGAAACUGAUUUGAUCAAUGGCUCCAUUGAAAAGGAGGGAAAUGAUGGGAGAAAGGAGGCGAGAGACUUUAGAAUUGACAGUGGUGUAGACACGGAAGGCCCUUCAGGGUCCAGUUAUUAAUUUUAACAUUUACAUAAUUCAUAAAUAUAAACAAUAAUAACAUUUACAUAAGCACAGUAAAUCAUAACACAGGGACUUCAUUUAGAAAUUUUAUUAUCAAGUUCGUACCUCAAAAUAAAUAAUAAAUGUACAUUUAGCAUGCACCA